UAAAAAAUGGCCGCUCGCUAGAAGAUUUUUUUUUGUAACAAAAUCGAAGCAAAACGGGUGUCAAGAAAUAGCAUAAACAGAGAAAUAGCUGUAGUCAGUCCAGAGGCCAUAGAAAAUGAUGGCACAGAUGACAGGCGACAAAUCGGAGGCCAAGGAGCCCUCCAAAUCCGAGGAUGCUGGGCCAAGCGCACGCGUCAAGGAAGAAUCACAGACCAACAUCGAAGCGGUGGAGGAGGUGGAGGCAGAAAAAAAAGCGGGCUCGGAUCUGGGAAAAGUUACAGACCAGCUCGAUGCAAACGGCCGCCUGAAGGAGGAGGAGGCAGCUCUGGACGAAAUGAGUUCAUUGGAGCUGGAAAUUGCCGAAAUGCACAACAUACACCCCGCCGAUCAAAUGGAAAAUGCAGUCGAGAUUGCCUCUGACAGCAGUAGUGCGGAAAAUGGCAGCCCCGUUGCAGGGGGCGCGGACGAUUCCGCCCAAUUGGGUGGCAAGGGGACAACACUGCUGGACAAGCGACAGGACAAGGCCAGAAAGGGGGAGACUAGCGAACAGGCUCUGGAGGAAGUGGAUCUGAUUGCCCUGCUAAAAGGCACGGAUACCAAUGAGGAAAAGUCGGCCAUGGAGAAGACACUUUCCGAAUUGGAUAACGUGGAUGUGGAAGUGACCAUCGUGGGCGAGGGGCAAUAUCCAACCUUGGAAGUCGACGAUGACGAAGACAGUGUGCCGGCAGCUACCGACGCAAAGACCUUCAAGUCGACCUUGUCCGCCAAAUUGCUCAGUAAACCCUCCUCCUCCGCCUCCUCGUCGUCCUCUCUGUACAAAACCAAGCUCUCGCCCGAGCAGGCACGCGCCGUGGCCCUGGAGCAAAUAGCCGAUCUAAAGGCACACAAAUCGCGACGCAAAGAGCUUGUGGCAAGUGUGCCGACUGUGGUCAAGCCCAAGGACAUUGUGAGCACACUCAACGACGACUGGACCGACUGUGACUCCGACAGCGAAGCUCCAACUGUCGCUCCGGCUCCGGUCGUGGCCAAAAAGGUGACUGCGCCCCAGCUGAAGUCCAUCAAGGUGGCGGCAAACAACAAGCACCUGAUUCCCAAUCAGCUUAAAGUAAUCCUGAAGCCUGUAAGCCCCCGGACUGUAGCUGCCUCAACGAAACCCGUGCAGCGGGCCAAGGCUACAACACCCACAGAGCGUGUCGCCAGCGAGGCGCCUGCAGGGGUCAAACGCAAUCGUGUGCCGAAGAUAAUCUGGGAUCCGGAUGUGCCAGAGACGCAGAAAUCGUUUGCCCAGUAUGCCAGCUCCAAAGGAACAGCGACACCGCCACUGCCACCACCAGCAGCGGCUGGCGCUGGCCCAUCAGCAUCAUCCAAGACUGCAAAACCGAGCGCCAGCAAUGCGGCGGCUAGGAGUGUGCUCAAGAAGGAGGCGCGUCCAACAGCAGUGGCAAUGAUGCGAGCGGCAACGCCAGAGGUUCGAGCACCCGCCAAGCGUCGCUCCCAAACGCCAAGCGCAGCAAUGAUGCGUGCAGCAACGCCAGAGGUGAGGGCACCCGCCAAGCGUCGCUCACAAACGCCUAACGCAGGCCUGGCCAAUGGCGGAGCUCAGAAAAAGAAGAAGGUUAGCGAGAUUGAUCGCCUGAUGGGGGAUGAGGGUGCGGCCAACAUGAUCCAGGCCGUGGAGCACGAGCAGCGUGAGCUGAGUGCCGGUGAAACGUCCAAUAAGCCGCGUAUGCGCAACCGGGCCAUGACGGUAACCGGAAGGCCCGUCCAGCCUGCAUCGCCGAAGAAGGAGACACCCACUCCUAGUGCACCAAAGACCAGCAAACGCGCCGCAGCUGGUGCCGCCGAUGCCGCCACAACACCCGCCACUAAGACCAAGCCACUGGCCUCCGACUCGUGGGACUACGUCUACAAGGGACGCGUCGAUGAAGAGUCCAUGAUUAUGCGACGGCGUUCGAACAGCUCGUACUCGAGCAAUGCGUCCGUGAGUCGUCUCUCGCUGGACAACAAAACGGGGGCCGUGCUCUCGGACGAUGCGGCCGAGGCGAAUGAUCCCACGUUUAAGUUCCUGAAACCAGAGACAAAGGCGAACCAAAGAACUUCCACAGGCGGCGAGGAGGCGCACACCCUCACCAACGACAUGAAGCGCAGUAGUGCCAGUGCCCCCCAGCCCAAGGAGGCAAAGACAACCACCGAACCGGUUGUCCUGCACAAGCUGGACAAGGUGGCGCAUCUGGUGAUCAAUGUGCACCGCGGCAAGGCCGGCCACAUCUACACCAGCCAGCUGCUGCAGAAGCUCAACGAGCAGCUCGUCGGCGUGGCCAAGAACUCACAGUACAACACAGUGCUGCUGACCGUGCAGGGAGCACACUACUGCCAGGGCAUCGAUUGCCAGGAGCUGGUGGUGGGCUCCGUUGAGAAGCGCAAGAACAGUGCCAGUCAGCUAAUGCUGGCCCUCAAAACAUAUCUACGUACACUGGCUACAUUCCCAAAGCCUCUGGUGGCCGGCAUUGUUGGCAAUUUAAAGAAUCUGGGCGUCAUGCAAUUGCCGCUACUCGACUAUGUGGUGGCCGCUGAUGAUUGCUGCUUUGAGACCAACUAUGCCAAGCUUGGACAGCUGCCCGAGGGCUAUGCAGUCUUCCACAACCACCCAAAGGUGUCCAGUCAAGUGCACUCGCGUUUGUUUCUGCUGGGCGAACGCUUGAAUGCCGCAGAACUUUUGGGGCCACAGAGUUUCGUGGACAAGACUUGCCGGGCACGCAGCGUUGGGGAGGAAGCGCUGGCCGUAGCCAAAUUAAUAUCCACAACAACGGCGGAGUCCUAUCGCGCUCUGAAGAAGCUUAACCACUCGGCCAUCAAUUCGGCAAAUCUGCCGCGCCUCGACGAAGAGCUCAAGUCCAUAGCGGAGCAAUGGGCAACCGGCAGUGUGCAGGGGAAUUUGAAACGAUACCUGAGUGACGUUAAUUUGUAAGGCUACCAAAAUGCUCUGGUAGCCCCCACACAUUCGAGAAUAAUCAAUUAAAGUCCACCUUUUAUAGUUGAUCUAAAUUCGGAUAGUAAUUUUAAAUUUUGAAAUCCACCUUCAAAUAAGUAUAUAAAAAUACUGUACAAAAACAUAACAUAAAGAGAGAAUAUCUUAAAUAAAUGUGUCACCUAUCAUAAGAGUAA